GCGCCCUCUUUCCAUGACAGGCUAGAUACCGUACCGUAGUGUUUACGACGGUGGUUGAAAUUAUUGAGGAUAAUCUUGUAUUAUUUAAUACAUUAGACAAUACUUGAUCAUGAAAUGUAUGAUUCAGUAUCUGUUACUGCUACUGAUUUUUACAACUUCGUUAAUAACGCACGGAAAUGUCGGGCUGGCAUCUGCAAGCCUGGUCAGUGCUCAAGAGGCUGGAGAUUCCUUGGAGGGUGAAGAUGAUGAUGUUCAGGUGGAAAUGGAUGAAGGAAGUCCACUGCCAAAUGAUGAUUCAACCAGUGUAACACAAAAAGAUGAUGAAGAAGAAGAAUGGCAGUUGAAACCUUCUCCUGAUGUAGAUACAUAUUUCCUCUUUACUAAACCUUCGGGAACUUCUAUGGAGCUUCAUGCUGGAAGGGACGUACAGUUUCUUGUUGGUGUAACAAACAAAGGAAGCAAGGAUUUCGUAUUAGAAACCAUGGAUACGUCUUUCCGCUAUCCAAUGGACUUCACCUUCUACAUUCAAAAUUUUAGUACUAUUUCUUACAAUCGAGUGGUGAAGCCAAAACAGCAAGCCACAUUGUAUUACCAGUUCUUUGUGAGUGAAUCUUUUGCUGCAAGAUCCUUUGGAUUGGCAGUGAACCUCCUCUACAAAGAUGCCGAUGGAAUACAGUAUCUAAAUUCAGUUUUCAAUGAAACUGUAAACGUUGUUGAAACUGAUGAAGGUUUAGAUGGUGAAACGUUCUUCUUGUAUGUGUUUUUGGCAGCCUGUGGUGUUCUUUUGCUGGUUGGUGUGCAACAGCUCUUUGCAAACAUGGGGAAGAAAAAACCUGCUGCCAAGCCUAAAGUAGAAAUGGGAACCCAGAAUGUGAAUGAUGUUGAUUAUGACUGGCUACCAAAAGAAACACUCAAUGAACUCAAUAAAUCUCCAAGGAGGUCUCCCAGACAAAGGCGGACCAAGCGAGGCACAGGCUCUGUAGAUGAGUAACACCAAGUUUUUAAGAUAUGUUACCUGAACAAACUAAACCUCAAUUACUAUAAUGCAAUACAGGGAGAAGUAACGGUGGAUUAAUAAAAUCUGUGAUUUGUAAUUCUCAAAAAUUGUCUGUAAAGUGUACACAGCUUUAAGCAAAAAUUUGGACAAAGCUUGUGAAAUUAUAACAGGAAUAGUUUACAGAAAAUAAUAUUUUACAAGAAACAUCUGUUGGCUAAUUGAUAUUGUAAUUUUUUUUAAUGAAAUCAUUUUUUUAACUUUAAAAAAUUCAAGAAUAUUCUAGUUUUUCCAGUUUGGACAAAAUUCAUGUUUAUUGAGAGCAGAAUCUUUAUUUACUUAAGGAAAAUUGUAAUUUAAAUGAAGCUAUUUCAUAAUCCUAGCCAUACUGAAAAGUUUUUUAAUAAUAAAGGGAAACACCAGUGUGGUUGUGUUUAUGAAAUUAUUUUCAUCAAAUGAAAUAAUAACGUGUGAUUAACAAAAUGUUAAAAUUCUAAGUCAUUUAGUUUAAUUUAAUGUUAGUUAUCAACAGAAAUGUACCAGUGGGUUAAAUGUAAAAUCUCCCAAAGUAACAUCCAGAUGUAACAUAGAUUACAUAUAUAUAUAUAUGCAAAUAUACAACUUGUGUUUGAUUCUUACAGUAAUAUUAUAAGUGAGCAAAUGCAAAGCAUGCAUUGUCUAAAUUUAAUGUUAGUUAUCAACAGAAAUGUACCAGUGGAUUAAAUGUAAAAAUCUCCCAAAGUAACAUCCAGAUGUAACAUAGAUUACAUAUAUAUAUAUGCAAAUAUACAACUUGUGUUUGAUUCUUACAGUAAUAUUAUAAGUAAGCAAAUGCAAAGCAUGCAUUGUCUAAAUUUAAUGUCUCAAGGUAUUCUUUGGGUAUUGUUGAAAAAUACAACAUCAAAGUUGAGGCAUGUACAUAUUAACUGGAAAAUACUAUUUCAAAGUAGACGUAAUGUCUAUCAUUGCUAACCAUGUGAAAUUGAUGAAAUGCGAGUCAUUUCAUAGUUAUUUACUUCAUCAUUGUCUAACAGAUAAUUCAUGGUGAAUAAGAUUUUGAUAUAGAUUUGAUAUGAAAAUUGUAAUUUUUCAUUAUUAAAAUAAUCUAAAAACUUUUUAUGCUUGGAUGUGUAUUUGUAUUUAAUACUAAAAUAAUCUAGUGUUUCAUCAACACAUGCACUUAUACUCUUUCGCUUGAUGUAUAGCUAUAAAAAAUGUCAUGCUUAGUAGUAGAACAAACACCCUUUAUAAGUAAAAAUUUCAUCAAUUAAUGAAAAAUAUCAGUUACAAUCUUAUUUUUUGAGACUCUAGGUUUAAUGGUUUAGAUUAUUAAACAAAGAAUUCAACUUUUUUGUUUCCACAAACUAUCCAGUUAAUAUUAUGCCCACCAUUAAAGGAAUUAUUACUGAAAUCACCAGUAACUCAACUCACUAGUUACAAAGAUUUUAAAAUGGUUACUACUCAUCAAUUAAAACUAUAUUUGGAGGUGAAAUUAAUAAUGUUCAAGUUAUUAGUUUUCAUGAGCAAGUGUUAUGCAAUUACUUUUCAUGUUACAGGGAUCGUAUUUUCCGGUUAAUUAUAAUAAUUUUCUUAUAACUGUUAUAUGUGAAAUGUACCCAAAAUAAUUCUUAGCAGUAAGCUAAAUAAUCUUUCAUGCAAAGAAAAUAUAUUGUGCUAGUACAGUUUCCUGAAUUUUAUUUGAUGAUUUUUGUAAUGUAAAUACACAGUUUGUGUGUGUGUGUAUAUAUGUGUGGGUUAAAAAAUGUAUUAAUUUUGUUUGGCUUUAUGCUGUUAUUUGAGUAUGUUGUGGAAGUGAAUGAGAUGGACGUGUAUGAUUGUCUUGUAAUAUAACCCAUAAUUUUGAUUUUUCUAAGCAAUACAACAUAUGUUUAGAUAAACGUAAAGAUUACCAUGUAGUACAUGAAGGUGAUAAAGUUCAAGUCUGAUUAACACUUACACUGCUUGACUUGACUGCUCACAACAAAUGAUUUGGGAAGUCCUAACGUUGUACUGGACAAGUGAAGAACAUUUCCUGUCAUUUUGACAGUUCACUAUUACUAGUUAUUUUUUACAUAGAACUCAUAAGAAAUCUGAAAAUAAUAUACAGUAUUAAUAAUCUCCAGUUUAUGUUAACCCAUUUCCUUGUAGCUCUGUUCAUCAUUCUGGGAACUAUUGGCUUAUAAGUGAACACAUGCUUUAAUUGACAAUUACAAUACUUAAUUUUGAUUGAAAUAUUGUUCUUGCAGUUAUGUGAUUAUAGCAAAUGCUUUUAUUUUCAUUUGAUUUACUCAAUGAUUGAAAUGUAUGGUUUGAAUAAAUGUGUUAAAGAAAUUUGCUUGUUUUUUUUUCGCCUAUAGGAAACA